GAGAGAAUGUCGAGCGAUCAAACGGGUUUUUCAAAAAUGAUCGUCUCUUUUGCGAUCGUGACUCUGCUUAGCUUUUGCAGCCCGGCGUCCAGUUUCGCCUACCUUCCUCGCGUCUCCCGUACACAUGACGCCAUCAUCAUCGAUGUUGACGGUAGAUACUCUUAUCAAGAUAAGACGCUGUACGGCCAAAUUACCAAUCCAGGAUUUAUUCCGGUGCCAUCCUUCAAUCCCUACCCUGUAAAGGCAUCACCAGCAGGAGCAGUGUCAGUCCAGUGGGUGUGGUUCUAUUCAUACGAAUAUCCUAAUAUUCUGACUGUUGGAGAUCUCUUUGUCCGUCAAGCAAACAACAGCGCCUGUGUGUGGUGCUGGACCAGCCACCAUGACUGCUACACGGGCAUUGGCAAGCAAAAGGAUCAUUGGCGGAACCUCAGCCAAAAAGAAUGCUUGGCCUUUUAUGGUAGCCUUGAAGAAAAGUGAUGGUUCAUUAUUUUGCAGCGGAACUUUGAUUUGUGACACCAGAGUUACUAUUGGCGGCUCAGUGUGUGGAGAAAUUGUAUUUGUAUGAGUUUUCUGGUGUGACCGUAUUGGUUGGGAUGUUUUUGACGGACAAAACCGACGUCCAAAUGACGACGAGGAGGAUCAGCAUCAUGUUUCAAAUUCAACUCUGCCUCCUAUCAGUUGCUACAACAGGACGGAAAUUUUUGAAAUUCACCUCCAUUCAUUGAUGUCGACUAGGCCAAUGAUAUCGCCAUCAUUUUGUAAUGGACGCGCCCGUGGUUCUUUUCAGGAUUGUUGCACCUGCUUGUUUGCCGCCGGCCAGUACAGACCCCGACCAGUACGUCGUAACGUCGACCAAGAUGCCAUUCUUUUGGGAUGGGGAGAGCCGGAGAGCCUAGUAACAAAAGAUCGGAAACUAAUUGUCGGUUAUUUUUUAAUGAUUUAACAUGAAUCUUCUUUUUUCAACUCGUUUCCCCAAUAGGCAAAAAUAGCAUCCCCUUAACCUGGAACAAGCCAAGUUUUCGAUUUCGUCCAACAUUGAAUUAAAAGGGAAUCCACUUUUUUGGUAAAUGUUUUACGGACACAAAUAUCUGUAUUACGA